CGCCGCAGGCCGAGCGGGUGGCCGCGCACUCGGACUCCGGCAGCAUGGACGUGACCGUGGAUCUGUACCUGGCCGUCCCGCUGCUCUUCACCGUCCUGGCCAUCGUCCUCGCCUCGGUCUUUGUGAAGCUGCGGGGAGGCGAGGGGCAGCGGGCGGCGGAGCGGCAGCCAGAGCCGGGCAAAGCGGAGCCGGGCAAAGCGGAGCCGGGUAGAGAGGAGCCGAGCUCGGCCGCCGGGGGCGAAGCGGAGCCGCAGGGAGCGGCCGAGGGGCCGGGGGUAGAAGGGAGCCGGGUGCCGGUGGAGGAGGUCGGGGCGGGCGGCGAGGAGAAGGAGAAGGAGGAGGAGAAGGAAGAGAAGGAGAAGGAGGCGGCGGUGGCCGAGCAGAAAUCCGCGGCCGAGCAGAAAUCCGCGGCCGAGCGGAGCCCCGAGAGCAUCCCCCGCCCGCCGGCCGCCGCCGAACACCGGGAGCAGCAGCAGCAGGAGGAAGAGGAGGAGGAAGAGAGCAAGGAGGAAGAUCCAGACUCAGACAGUGAGAAGCUGAUGGUGAAAGAGACGGAGGAUGAUGAUGCUGCAGAUGAGACGUUCUCUUUUAAGUACAGUCCUGGAAAGCUGAGGGGAAACCAGUACAAGUCAAUGAUGACCAAAGAAGAACUCGAGGAAGAACAAAGGGUUCAGAGAGAGCAGCUGGCUGCCAUCUUCAGGCUCAUGAAGGAAAAGAGUGACACAUUUGGAGAGAUGUCUGAAGGAGACAUGAAGGAGCAGCUUAAAUUGUAUGAUAUAUAACCGUACAGCCAGUGAAGACGAUGCCCAAAAGUCAUCUCGGUCGUUAUUAUACAGGACUGUGGAGAUUGUAGUGCUAUAAAUGUGUUUCAGUAGUUAUUUUGCAUUUCCAGGUUGUUUUGCAAAUGCACACAGGCCUGUGAUAUGUAUUUCUUAAGACUUGCAGUUUUUCACCCUUUUAAUCAUUUUUUUCUUGAAGAACUGUAAUGGUAUUUUUGACUCGUGUAGAGAUUUUAUCUCUGGCUGAGCCAUAUGUCUCAGUCACAUAAUCUAGUUAAACUUGUAACUUCUUCCUGGUCAUGCUCCGUAGGAAUGAACUUUCAAUCUUAGUAAUGUAUUGCUUUGAUAGCUGAAGGAAGCCAAAGAUGAUAGAAGAGCAGAUUUAAAACGAAUGGAAAGAAUAGUAUAGAGUAAUUUAGGUUGGAAGGGACAUGGGUUGGGAGGGACGUAAGGAGAUCUGUAGUUCAACCUCCUGCUCAAAGCAGCAUCAGCUGUGAGGUUAGGCCAGGUUACUCAGGGCUUUAUCCUGUUGGGUCUUGAAAACCUCCACAGAUGGAGACUGCUCAACCUCUCUUGGCGGAGAGGCUUCCAAUCCUACAGUUAGAAAACAAAUAGCCAAAGCCAAAGCAUUAGUGCUGAGAUUAGAUGUGAGCCGCCAUUCUCAUCUCCUUGAAAGGAAUACUUCAUCCUCCUUCACACUGGCUUUUUGACACAAAUCCAAGAUGGUUCUGGCUGACCCCGCUGAGCUCAGCUUCAUGCCUGUGAGAACAGCAGCUGGCUGCAUCCUGGGAGCAGAGACAUCUCUUCGCCUCUUGACACCGGUGAAAGCAGUGCAGAAAAGUGGCUGGCAUUUUUACAAGGACAAUUGCGUUCAACUCAGAUUGUGUUCUUGUAAUGCAAAAAUGAUGUGAGAAUCUACGUACUUAGGAAAUCUCUGUGAAGCUAUCAAGUGUUUUGAACAGUUUUGGUCAAACCUUGGCGGUUUAGACAGAGUAAAUCAGCCAGCAUUCCUAAUUUAAACUGAUUGUCUUCUCGUGUAGAUCUCAUGAAAUCCUGUUAAAUUUAAUCCAACUUUAUUGGAAAGGAUUGUCUUGGUUUUAGUAACUAUUCACACGUUUUCUGACCUCGUUUUAGGGAAUGAUCUCUUUGGAUGAGGUUUUUUUUAUUUUGUACAAUUCUUUAGAGCCUGAUGGCACCAAGUACCACAUUAUGUGGUCACUGUUUCCCACUACAGUACAUUCCAUAACACUGUAUGCUUUUUGACUUCUAGGAAUCAUUUUAUCUUCUAAUUGUUUUCACAUAA